CCCAGUUUCUAUUUCUCUCUCUCUCUCUCUCUCACACACAGCGGAGUGUACUGUGAUGGGUAUACCGUCUGUCACCACCAAUCUCUCUGGGUUCGGCUGUUUCAUUGCACAGCACGUCGCCGAUCCCGCCACGUACGGCAUAUACAUCGUGGACCGACGGUUCAAGAGCGCAGACGAGUCCAUCCAACAGCUGGCAAACUAUAUGUUUGAGUUCUGUAGUCAGACACGACGUCAGAGGAUCAUUCAGAGGAACAGAACUGAGCGACUCAGCGACCUACUCGACUGGCAAACUCUGGGACAGUACUAUCGUACAGCCAGACGCAGAGCCCUGGAAACCACUCACCCAGAGUACUACAGCAGUAAGAGGCGUGGCUCCGGAAGUGCCACGCCCACUUCUUCCACUCCUGGGUUCCGAUAUCCUCGCCCCCUGAGUGAGCCUCCGUCACGACCUCCUAGUGAGAUUGGAGAUGAUGAGGAUGAAGAGCAGCAGUGACCUCUGGUCAUGUGACCAUUACAUCAUGUGACUCUUACUUCCCUGCGCUUUAUUAUCACAUCAUGCAGUAAAGAGUUUUAACUGAGUGUGGUAUUUUUUGUAAGAAUUAAUGGAA